AUGAGCACGCCGGACAGGGGCAUCAGCGCGGCCACGGUGCAGGUGCAGCUCUGCGAGUGGCGGCAGUUCGUGGACUUCCGCCAGAGGGCCGGCGCGCUGGGCCGGAGCCCCGGCCGCGGCGUCCCCUCCGCGCCGCCCGCGGCGCGGGCACGCGGCCGGCCCCCCCCGGCGGCGGCGGGGCCCCUCCUCGGCAAGAGGAGGCUCCUCGGCAAGAGGAGGAGGCCGGAGGCGCUGCCCUACGAGGGCGCCCUGGCUGCGGCGCGCGGCGCCCUCGGGCGCGAGCUGGCCAGGAUGCAGGACGACGACCUCAGGAGGCGGGCGGACGAGGAGAGCCGGGCGAGGGCCACGAGGCUGACCCGCGAGAGGCUCGAGGAGGCACAGCAGCAGUGCGAUCGCGCCAACGUCGAAUUGCGCGACGCGGAGCGCGCCGUAGACGCGGCGGAAGAGCUGCUGGCUGGCGCUCAGCGGCAGGUGCGGCUCCGGGAGACCCGGCUUGCGGCCCUGCAGGAGGCCAGCGGCCUCGUGGAGAGGACCCUGCAGCAGAGGGAGCUGCGCCCGGGCUCGGCCUCGCCCGGCGAUGUCCAGGAUCGGGGAGCCUCGAAGACGAAGCCCAGAAGCAGGGCUUCUCAGAGGGGUCCGAGCAGGUCGGGGCCGGAGGAGGACAGGCCCGACCUGAGUCUUGCGUCCGGCCCGACAGAGGCCGCCGGCUCCGACGACGGCCCCCUGGUCGCCGCGGGCCCCCUGGCCGCCGCGCUGUCGGAGAGGCGCAGGAGGCUGGGGCUCCUGUGCCAGGACGCCGAGGAGGACGCCCGGCAAGCCAGGGAGGCCCACACGCGGCAGCGGCAGCGGUACCAGGCUCUCGCGCACGCCGACGGCAUUAAACCCCACUUCCACGCUGGCCUCCCGCACGGCCACGUCGAGCAAGAGGGGGUGCCGAAAGUCGCGGACAUUCCUGCUGCGCCCGUGAACGUCCAUGCGGGCACGAAGAUCACCGAUUUUGGGGACCUGUUGAUGAACCAGGACUAUGAGGAGAUCCAGGGUCCCGACGGGAAAGCAUUUGGUGUCCUCACGGGGUGGAAGGGCGCACAAGGGCAACCGCGCCGCUUGGACGUGGGCAAGGAUCUUGCGACGAAGUCCAAGUUCAGCGGCCCCCCUCCGCCGUUCAACCUCAAGAGCCAACCUGGCGGGCCAUGCGCCAUGCAGAUUUUCGUCGUCGGCGCCGGGGGGUUCCAGGUGCACAUCUUUAAAGACGUUGACUUGAAGGGCCAGUUCUUGAAGAUGGCAAGCUGCGAGCCAAUGCGUUAUGGCACAGGCGUCGAGCACCAGCAUGGGAAUCAGCAUAGGGCAGGCCGCAUUGCGAUGUGUUAUCUCUUGGAAAAACUCGGCGGCUCACAGGUUCGCUUCGCCGCGCUGACGGCCGCGGCGGAGCCGAUGAAGGGCCCGAAGAGCAACGACCGCAACCAGUCCAUGGAGUUCGCGGACAAGGGCGGUUCGGCGGGGAAACGCGGCGCCAUCUGGCAAGCCCCUCUGCCGCCCUUCCCCCCCGACGCCCUCCUCGGUCGCGCAGGCGCUUUGACCGCCGAGCGGCUGCAGCUAGCUAAGCGGCGCCGUCGUUUCCCCGCCCCCCCCCCACCGGAGAUCAACGACCCGCGGUCGAAAAUGCACGGCUGGGAGGAGCCCCGCGUGACCCAGGUGUUGCGGAACCAUGCGAGCGGGCGCGUCAAUGCCAAGCGCCUCGCUGUCUGGGCGCUCGCGCUGAAGGACUUCGAGCCGCGGUUCAUCAACGAGGUGCUCGUGAAGAUCUUGCCGGCGCUUCGCCGCAACGGCGCACCCUGGGUCGGCGAGACCAGAGUGGGGAAGUCAACGGCGUCAAAGACCCUCGCAUUCUUGAUGCCCAUGCUCCAGCUCGACACCCUUGAGGGCGAUGCUGGGGAGAGCGCCCCCGAGCCCCCCAUUGUCACCGCCGAGCAUUUUGAUUUCUCCAGGGGCGAGCCCGCGGAGAAGGCGCCGCCCGCGGUGUUCGACGACGGGGACUUGCGCAAGCAGGACGCGCCCAUGUUGAAGGCGCUCCUCAACCCGAGCGAGGAGGGCCCCACCUUGCGGGCGAGGUGGGGGCCCAGCACGUUCGCCCCAGGGGCGCCCCGCCAGGCCGCGAACAACAGCUACGAUAAUGCAUUGGAGGAAAUGUCGGUGGCAGCUCGGCGCCAAGGGCAAGCAACGGAGAUUCCGCUCAAGCAGCUCAUGAAUCUCAUCGCGCCCCCCCUAAAGCAGAUCACAGAGGAAGAGGACAUGAAGGCCCUGCUCGCGACGAUCCACGUCGUCGUGACCACGGGCGCGGGCGUGCACUUCCGCCUAGCAUCCGAUGAGUUCCCAGAAGACGGAGUCGCGCCCUUCUGCACAUACAGCAAGAAGACGAAGCCUGACCUCUUCAGUUACCCGCCCGAGACGCGCGCGCUUCGGCAGGAGAAAGCGGAGUGGUCUCUGAAUUUCGCGAAGCGCUUGAUGCGUGGCGAGGACGCGCCCACCGCGUCGAUAACCCGCGGUGCCUCGCUCUUCGGGCAGCUCGUGCGCAGCGUCCAGCCAGAGGUCGUGCCCCCGCCAGUGGGGCCAUCUGCGGCCGCUGGCAUGGGGCGCGCUGGCGCGCUGGGCAGCGUGGGCGCGGUCGAGCAGCAGGCGAUCUACGCCGCGAUGCAGCGGCAAUUCUUCGAGGGCAACAAGGAGGACAGCGGCGCGCUGGUGGAACCCAUGUCGCCUCCCCGCAGGCGCCCGACAACGGGCGCCAGGGCCCCCUUCGGGUGCGGCGGCGAGCCCAGCGACGUAGACUUGGCUGAGCAGGCCGCGAUCUACGAGCAUAUGCAGCAGGCGAUCUUCAACCAGAACCAGCGCCCUGACGCGGCGGGCAACGGCGUCGACUUGGAUGCCGAGCUCGAGCGCCACCUAGACUUGGAGGAAGAAUGCGAGCGCCAGCGAGCGGAAGAGGCCCGCAAUCAGGCAGCAGAGGGCACCGCGGCCCAGGGCGGCGCCAUGGAGAACUUGAAGAAGGCGCUCAACGCAGCGACUGUCGACGCGAGGGAGGAGUUCCUCGCCGCUGCCAAGUGCGCCAACGUCGAGGACAUGUCGCCGUAUCCGAAGGACCCCACGACGCCGCUGAUGGUCUGUGCCCAGCACUUCGGCUUCACCAUGAAGGUCAAGUCUGGGACGUCUGACCGCGCGGCACGCUGGCAGCGGCGGCGCCCUCGACGCGACCGCGCUGGUGGCUGCGACGCAUGCGGCGACGUUGAGAUUUCAGUGACCAAGGGCACCCUGUUGGCAGACGUCAAGGCGUCAAACUGGCUCCAAUUCUUCGACUGCGUGGCCAUGUUGGCCCAGGAGCACCCGCGCUUGAAGAUCGCCCGCAAGCUCGGCAAGCAGCGCAACGCCGCGGGCCCCUGGAUGGAGAAGUUCCAGGAUGUCGCCGCGUCUUACAUCGCCGACGAGAUCCCCCUCCCGAAGCCGCACGAGGCCUUCAGGAAACGGGCCAAGGCCAAGAGCAAGGAGGGCGUGAAAACUAAUUUCUCCAAGGAGAAGCAGGCCAAGUUCAUCGUUCAGGCCGACGAGGUCUUUUUGAACAAGUCCAAGGUCGGCCGCCUCGCGCCAGGCGCCCGCCCCAAGAAGGACAAAGCGCGACUGCGGGGCGUGGUCGCGCAGGGCGGUCCAGAGGACUUCGUCUUCCGAGUCUUGGAGCGCCCAGACGACGCGUUCGACGGGAGCCCCCGCGGAAAGCAGGAGACGGUGGCGAAUUUCGACGCGCUGGGCCUCUGCAAGGGCAUGGUCGUCGCCACGGACGGGUGGGGGGCCACGAUCGCGGCUAUCGAGCACAUCAAGGACAGGGAUGGGUGGUCGGACAGGGACCUGAAGCACGAGAUCGUCGUCCACUCCAAGGGGGAAGUCAAGGACCAGCGCGGCUUCACGACGAACCACAUCGAGAACCGUUGGUCGCUUCAGUACAGGAAGGCCGUCGCGAAGACGCACCCAGUCGAUGGCGGCAACACCUACUCCCUGCCGACGAAGGCGUUCCUUUCCCACGUGGCGGAGGUCACGCUGGCUGGGGGGCUCUGA